UCUCUCUGGGAGGUGUGUUGUUGGGUUUUUAAGACUAGGACGAGGGUUAGGAACUGGGCAGAGAAAGAAGGACACACAACCACGCACAAUGAGGACUUUACUGGCGGUACUGGUGUUGGCUAUCUCAUCAGCAGCUUUAGAAGCAAAGCCUAAAACACGUUUCACACGCUACCGCUCAUGGAACUCACGGAUGUAUCCAGAGUGGAAAGAUGGGGACUCCCGAUACAGAGACUGUUGGACUGGUGGAGAAGUUACAUUCAAUGUGAAAAACGAUGCACCCAUCCUGACUGGCUCAAAGGCAACCUUUAACAUCAACCUUCGCUUCCCAUCGAACCAGAAAGCACGUCCUGAUGGACAGGUGGUGUGGGCGCGUAACUGCACUGUCAAUGGAACACAGUACCGUCAGGGCCAGGCUGUGUACCCCGACAAGGUCUCUGGUCCUUCAGGAGAGUACAGUGGAGUCUUCCCUGAUGGCACCCCCUUCACUGGAACCGCAGACAUGAAACCCCACUACGUGUUUGUGUGGAAGACAUGGGGACGUUACUGGCAGGUGGCAGGCGGGCCCUCCUCCUCUCUCACCAUCGGCACAGACAAUGUGCCCCUAGGCUCUUACAACAUGGAGGUGGUCAUCUACCACUGCCGCGGCAAGGACAAGUUCAUCCCUCUGGGCUAUGCCUCCACAACCUUCUCCAUCACAGACCAGAUCCCCUUCACAGUGUCGCUGACCCAAAUUAACGAUGUGAACCAGGCUGACCAGAGAUUCAUCCAGAACAGGGCCAUUUCCUUCAGAAUCAGCCUCCACGACCCCAGCCAGUACCUCAGCACCUCAGACGUCACCUUUAACUGGGACUUUGGUGACAACAGCGGCACCCUCAUCUCCAGGGAGCGCCAGGUCUCACACAUGUACCUCACCACCGGCACCUACAGGCCUCAGGUGGUCCUGAUGGCAAGCAUCCCCAAUGGCUGUGACACACCUGCAGACCCCACCGCUGCCAGCCCCACUGUGUUGACCGGCGCCCCUGCCGUGGUUGUGGUGGUCUCUACCCCAGGGGCAGCUCCAGCUGACAUCGCCCUGAAUCUACUCGCCUCUGACGUUGCCCCUGCUGAGGCUGCAGAAGCAGUUGUAGCCGAUGAUGCAGCCGCAGCCGAAGAGACAGCCGCAUCUGAACCCGCAGCUGAAGCUGAUGCCACAGCCGAAACCACAGACACAGCCGGUGCCGCAGUCGAACCCGCAGACACAGCCGAUGCCACAGCCGAACCCGCAGCCGAAGGCACCGCCUCAGAGGGAGUGGAGGUGGUUGCCUCAGUGGCCCCUGCGGCAGAGGAUGCCACCGUUGUCCCAGCAGCAGAAGAUCCAGCUGUCGUCUCGGCAACAGAAGACAAUGCCGCUGUCCCUGCAGUAGAAGCCGAUGACACAGCAGAAGACACGGCUGCUGCAACCAUUGAGGACCCCGCCACUGUGGAGGGAGCCACAACUGCCCCCAUCGCUCCAGCAACUGAAGAGGUAGCUGCUGCAGAUUCGGCCGAUGCAGCUGCUGAAACCGCGGUGGUAGAGGCUACAGCCGCAAAUGUGCCCGCCAUCGACGCUGCUGCUUCAGUUGCUCCAGUUGCAGAGGGAGAGGAGGCCAUAGUGGACCUGGUGGCCACAGUCCUCCCAGAGAUCCCAGUCGUAGACACCGUUGUUGCCACGGUGGAGGAGGCCUUAGUUGCCGAUACUGUAGUGGAGGUUGCGGCUGCUACAGAGGUGGCCCAGGCUGAGAUGGUGGCCCCUGCUGCUAACGUCAUUGUUUCUGCCGACACAGAGGCUGCAGCUGUGGUGGAGGUGGUGCCAGCUGAACCUGCUCUUGAGACCGAGGCAGCGCUAGAGGCAGAGGUCGUAGAGACUGUGAAUGAGGUUGCAGCUGACGACACUGCCGCGCCAGCAGCAGUGACUGCUCCAGUGGAGAGUGAGGUAGCAGCAGAGGCUGAGAUAGAGGCAGGCACAGAGACACAGGUGGCUCUUGUUGUGGCUAAAAGGCAGGUUCCGGAACUUACAGUGACUGACAACUGUAUGAUCUACCGCUACGGCUCCUUCUCGACCUCAGUGGAUGUCGUUCAGGGUAUUGAGAGUGUGGAGAUCACCCAGAUGGCUAACGUGGUGUCUCUGGCCACUGAGGUGGUACAGAAUGCUGUGGACCUGACCAUCACCUGCCAGGGGAGUCUGCCCAAUGAAGUGUGCACCAUUAUCUCGGACGCAGACUGCAUCACACCUGUGGAGACCGUUUGUAACAACGUGACACCCUCCCCAGAUUGUCAGAUGAUACUUCGCCAGUUUUUCAACGAAUCUGGAGUGUUCUGCAUCAAUGUGUCCCUGACAAAUGAUGUUAGUCUGGCUGUGGCCAGUGCUAAAGUCAGUGUGACAGUGGGCUCCAACUCCUCCACAGCAGGCACUGUGGCCGCGGUUCUGGGUGUCAUGGUCCUUGUCUGUGUUGUUGGUGCCAUUGCUUUGACCUACAAGCGGUUUAAGCAGUACCGUCCACUGAGGAAGGACUCAACAAGCGGCAGCAUGGGCAGCUCUGGAAUCACGUCUGUGCCGAUGCUGCUGUGGAAUCUUCUGAUCCGACAGUCACCAGGAGAAAGAAGCCCACUGCUUCAGGGAAUGGUGGUGUGAACACUCAUAACCAUCUGCACUGAUACAGCACACACCCAUGCAUGUAUGUUAACAGGUAAAUAUCCCUCAGACACACACAUCCACUCAGCAACUGUAAAAUGCAGAUAUACUGUACAUGUUAACACAUUCUCCAACUUGCAUGCAUGUGUACCCAUAAAGACACAUACUGUACACUUGCAGACUCAGACACACACAGCCACUCUAAUGCAGACACAAACUGCAACAAGAGCAAGCAAUAUAAAGCAGUUGUAUUAUGUAUUGUUACACUGAAAGCGAAUUUAAUAAAAACUAUCAUGUAUUGCUAAUGUUUUUCAACACGGAACAAAAAAGAAACCCCAAAAGCCAAAAUAUAUGUUUGUUUCUGGCAUUGCAUCACUUGUGACAAAAUAUUAUAUUUAUUUUGACCCACAUACUUUUUUUGUUUAAGAAAAAGAAAAACUGAUUAAAGUUUUCAAAAAUUGAAUAAUUUAUGCUGUGCUUUUUCUGUACUUGUUACGCACUCUUCUUUAGAACGUAAUCAUAACAAUGAAUGACUUUCUCUUUUAAGCUUCCAACAUAUUAAUUUGCUUUGCUAACUGGUCUAAUUUGUAUUGCCAAUAACAUCACAGCACUUUUGUUUUUAUAACAUAUUUAGUGUCACCUCAAAAGAAAGCAUUUCAAUUUCAAUGAUGUAAGAAUUUUCAACUAUAACUCAAAAUUAGAACGUUCCUAGUCCUAACUAAUCUUGCAUCCUUGAUUUUGUCCUCCAUGCCCUUACUAAACUAGUACUGAUUUUCCUGUCCAUAUAUCAAGAAAUAUAAGUGU